GCCCAUCAAGGAGAAAGUCCUCUGCAGUCCCGCCCGCCAGCGGUCGCCAGCGGUCGCCAUGAGGUUUGAGGAAAUCCUGGACGACGUCGGCGGCUUCUCCACCUUCCAGCUUUUAGUUCUGAGCAUCCUUUGCCUCCCGCGGGCCAUCCUGCCACUCCACUUCCUGCUGCACAACUUUGUGUCGGCGACGCCCGCGCACCGCUGCGCCCCCGGGCCCGGGCCCCCGGACUGGAGCCCACCGGACGCCCGCAGCUCGUGCGCCAUCGACGAUGGCUCGACGAGUGGAAACCUGAGCGGCCGGCGCAACCGCACCGGCCUUUGCCCUCACGGCUACAUCUACGACCGCUCCGAGUUCGCCUCUACCACUGCCACCGAGUGGGACCUAGUGUGCGAGGACCGAAGACUGAACCAGGCGCUUGCCACCUAUUUCUUCCUGGGUGUCACUUUUGGCGCCGUCCUGUUUGGUUAUCUCUCCGACAAGUUCGGCCGAAAGUCGAUGCUGGUAGCAGCUUUGUUGGGCACCACCCUGCUGGGCGCCACGUCGGCCUUCGCCAGCUCAUACGCCAUGUUCGCCGUGUCGCGUGCGCUGAGCGGCGUGACUCUGAGCGGCAUGUCCAUCAUCGGCACGGUUCUGGGUGUAGAGUGGACGGACGUGAAGCAUCGCACCUUGACGGGCACGCUCAUCAGUCUGUCGUGGAGUGCGGGCAACAUGCUGCUGGCGCUGCUGGCGUAUGCCGUCCGAGACUGGCGCCACUUGAUGCUGGCGGUAACGGCGCCGUGCCUACUGGCUUUGCUCGGCUGCUGGUGGCUGCCCGAGUCGGCCCGUUGGCUGCUCGCCAACGGCAGGACCGCCGAGGCCCGCGACUGCCUGCUGCGCUGUGCCAAGAUGAACCGGAAGAAUGGCGCCAGACUCCAACCCGAGAUCUUGGAGAAGGCGGCGGUUUCCGACGCGGCUGAUGAGACUCAUUCCUACCUGGACCUGCUCAAGACGCCCCGGCUGAGGAAGAUCACGCUGGUCUCGGGAUUCUCCUGGUUUUCCGUGGCCCUCCUGUACUACGGCAUCAGCUUCAGGAUCUCGGGCUUGGGCGUCAACGUCUACCUCACGCAGUUCAUCUACGGUGCCAUUGAAGUGCCCGCUAAAGUUCUGGCCUACUUUGUUCUGGACCAAAUGGGGCGACGCAACGGUCAGGCGGGCUUUCUGAUUGCCACGGGUGGGCUCAUAGCCAUCAACGCAGCCGUCCCACUGGACUUGGCCGUGCUUCGGACCUGCGUGGCCGUGGUGGCCAAGGGCUUCUCUGAGGCGGCGUUCACCACCGCCUUCCUCUACUCGGCAGAGCUUUUCCCCACUGUCCUCCGGCAGUGUGGCAUGGGUUACACGUCGUGUCUGGGUCGCAUCGGGAGCUCGGUGGCCCCGAUGAUCGCGCUGCUGGAGGACGCCUGGCUCUUCCUGCCGCCGCUCGUCUUCUCCGCCACGGGGAUACUCGGCGGCAGCCUCGUCUUCCUGCUGCCCGAGACGCUGGACGUGCGCCUGCCCGAGAACAUUCUGGACAUUGAGGAGGGAAGGCACAGGGAGUCGGAGCCCGGCGAGCUCUCCAACGGUCUGGAGAUGAGCGCCCGUGGCGCGCCCCUGGCCGAUGAGCGCAUUGCGAGAGCGACGCAAGCGGCCAACGAUGGGCCAUUUUGAUGGGCUCAUUGGCGCCAAAAGGCAGACGAAUCCAAUUCCAAUCCCCCGUGCACGCAAGCAUUUCCCCAUUUCAACACGUUGGAAAUAAAACGACAUUUUCAAGUGGG